AUAAUAGUGGAGAAAAUCUUUCCUGAUUCAUUUUUAUACCUAAAUUUAAAAUUUAAAUAUCUCCCUCUAGACAAGCCAACAGCCGCUAAUAUUUUAACCUUGUUAGUUUGGCGGUGAGAGCUUUCAUUUGACCCGAAUAUGUGCCAUCGUUUUAAGUUACAGUACAAACACCUCCAUUGUGAGUGAAUUUCAACUUUUUAGUAUAAAUGGUGCGAAAAAACAAAUAGAUGUGAAUAAUUUCUGAGUAGUUCAUUUGAUUUUACUUUAUGCUUAUGUUAUGUAGAAAAAGUUUCGCAGCACUUCAGUGAAUAGAGAGAGAGAUACACAGUGUAAAGUUCAAUUUCUGCUUAAUUCAAUGGUUAAAGCAUGAUUUUAUUCAAUGAAAAGGCUCGAGUCACUUAUGCAGGCUCUGCUCAGAAAGUGAAGAAGUAUAUUAUGUUUUUGGGUACUUCGAUCAUUUUUUUCUCUAAUGUAGAAAUAAGAGAAAGUAAACAUUUUUAUAUGAAAAAGUUCUUUAGUAUUUGGUGUGCUGUUUUUCUAUUCAAGUCAUUCGUAGAUUACGGAAACGAUGAUUUUAUGUCACUAAAUAUGAAAAAAAAACAGUGUCUGUUAUUAAAUGUCGAGAGCAUAUGUACAUAAAUGAAAAGAUGUAUUAACUAGUAAAUCACAUAUAUUCAAGCUAGAAAAUGUCCUAUUUAUAUUUUUAUUUCUACUUCUUUCGUUUAUCAAACAAGCAUCUCCUUCACACAUAUGUCUCGUUUAACAAUGCCAUUUUAUUUUCUAAUUGUCAACUUUAUACCUAAGAAAUUAUACGAGAUAGAAACAUGAACUUUGCUGUAUGUAUGAGCGGUCUGUUAGAUCAAAAAUUUUCGGAUCCGAAUCCAACGGACUCUAGUCAGCAUGAAGAAUUAUGAGAGAAAUAGAAUUAAAGAUAUCACUUUAAAAUCAUUCGAUCGAAAUGAAAGUUAUAGUCUAGAUAUUCGAAAAUAGCAAUUAUACGAAAAAGUCUUAAUUCACUCAUCUAUUUCAUAGCAUAAGCAAAUUUUAAAUUCAUGUAUAGUAUAUUCCUAAUGAUUAUCAUUGUAUUAUAAUUGAUCUUCGAUGUCACGGAGAAACUAUUGAAUUAAAAGAAGAUGAUCAUACUAUUGAUAUAUUUCUUGAUAAACUAAAAUUGGUAUUGAAUAAUUUUAAUUAGAAUUAAUUUUCUAUAUAGUUUUUUGAUGAAAUGAAUUUAAUUGAACCUAUGUAUAUUAUUGGUGCAUCAAUGAGUGCAACCAUUGCUGCUAUUUUUGCUACUAAAUAUCCUAAAUAUAUUAGUAUGAUUUGUUUACUUGCACCGGCUUCUAUAAAAGAAUAUGAAAGUGAUGCAAUAAAAAAAUUACGUUUCGGAACAGAUUCUAUAUUUUUACCAGAAAAUUGUGAAGAAUUUAACGUCAUGGCUGAUGUAUUGACAGUAAAAGAUUUUAAUCUAUCACAAGUAUUUAUUGAUAAAUAUUAUAAAUCAAUUAUUACGUCUAUUAGAUGA